AUGAAAAUGGUAAGGUCUAGAAGGGGCUCGAUUGUUCAGGACAUAGCAUCUAAAAGCUCAGUAUCGCAUGGGCUACCUGUCUAUACCGAUGAUUUGGUACAAUUGUUGAAGGACGUAGGGUUAAAUCGAGAGCUAGAACCUCCUCACUCGAAUCUGGAGCUGAAAAACGAGAAGUAUAAAGAAUAUACCGACUACUUGAAUCAAUUAGAGGAGAAAAAUGGAUAUUAUACAACUUUGAGAAGUACAACACGUCAGGUCACUGAUAGGUUGGUGACGAUUAUAGAUAAAUUUCAAGCCAUUUCUUCAGAAACAGAAUCAUUCCAAAACUCAAUUGACUCUCUCGCUACGUCAUUAAAGGAAUCAGAAGAGAGUUACGAAACCAUUCAAAGAGAACUACAGUAUUUUCAAAACCUUGAACCAAUCGCUAGAAGGUUGAAUCAGUACUCAUCUCCAAAUAUUGUCCUAAAGGACUCUUUCAACCAAAAUUUGGCAAAAAUUGAUGAAUCAUUGAACUUUUUGAAAGAACAUCCGGACUACCUUGAAGCGGAGUCUUACCGUAUUCGAUUUAAACAGUGUCUUGUUCGAGCAUGUACAUUGAUAGCCAAUUAUUUGAACAACCAAAUAAAAGGCCGGAACGAUGAUAUUAUAUCGCGCUUGAACUCUAGUAAAACUCAAUUGACAAACAAUUCUAAUGAAGCACUUUUGUAUAACCGCUUUGCUACUAUCGGUUCAACUUAUAAACAACUAAUAGACUCCAUCAUAUCACGUUCACAAUAUGAUGAAGUUGAAUCGCUCUUAAGGGAUUGUUUUAAUACAUAUUUUAAAUGCCGCUCCAAGCUAUUGAAAGAUGGUAUAUGGAAUCAGCUAACCGAAACUCAAUUGCACUCUGGUAAAACGGUCAAGUAUGUUCAAGACAAUCUUCUUUUCUUUGAGAAUUUGGCCCAUAGGGAGUUUAACCUUUUCUCGCAAUUUUAUCCUCUAAAUGAUGAAACUGUAGCAAGAUUUAACGAAUGGUGUAUGGAACUUUUUGAACCUUUAUACGACUCUGUGAGAUCAAUAAUUCUUAGAGAGACUUCGAUUGCGACAUUAUGUGACACAAUUACACUCUUGAAUAAAUACUAUCAAAUGGAGGAAGGUUCAACAGAAUAUAAACUACAGUUCAAGAACCUUAAAUUUGAUGCGCUUUUCAAGCCAAUAGUUAAAGAAUGCCAAUCGCGUUUAAUAUUCAGAUCUCAAAUCUAUGUGGAAGAAAACAUCAACAAAUAUAAACCUAGAGUUGACUCUUUUGUGAUUCGUCAUCGAAAAGCAUCAAAAGAAACCAAACCCAAAAUAACAGAGGUGGAAGAGAUCUCACAACCAUUCUUCGAACUAGAAGAGUUUAACUCUGCUUAUCCUCCUCUAGUAUACGGAAUCGCUUUGCUAUCUAAAAUUUACCAAAUGGUGAACUCUACAGUAUUUGAUGAUAUUGCACACACAAUUGUCCAUGACUGUAUAAUGUCUUUGAAGAAAGCAUUUUACCUUGUUUCGUCAAAUGCAACUAUUAACGUUUUAGAUACACAACUAUCAUUACUAAAAAAUAUGUUGCUCUUGCGUGAUCAAGUGCAAAACUUUGAUAUUCAAUAUAUUUCCAAGGAAACAUACCUUGACUUCUCGGGGCUUUUGCAAAGCAUCAAAGACAUUGGGAAACUUUCGGUGUCUGUAUUCCAAACGGUGCCUAAGAUCAUCAAUAAUAUGGUGGAUGCUAGAUCUGAGUUAAUAAUCGAACUUCGUGAUACUAUCAACGGGUUUACAAGACAAGCUGCGGACCAAAUUACUAAAGACUACCUCUCGUUGUCUACACCACAAGAUAAAUUAUUGGAACAAAAUAAUGAGCUCAGGAAAUCGAUUGAAACUAACCUCCCCUCCAUAUACGAACAAAUUGGAAAUUUCAUUGUAGAUCCAGAGAUCAAAUCUCAUCUAGUCGAUGCUAUCCAACAAGAAGUCGUCAGUAGGUAUGCAAACUAUUAUGAAACUUUGGCAGAUAACCCUUCUGUAGAUGCCAAAAAACUUUCAGAAUGUAUGUACAUAGACGUUUUCCAAAACUUCAUCAACAACGAAACGUCCAAGCUUUUGUCCACUUAA